AUGCGCAAGCGGCAUCAAGCCUGCUUGGCCCGCCUUCAGCAGAAAAUGCUGGAAGAAGCGGACCAAGAAUCUGAGGAGAAAUCUGCUUUGAACAAGGAAAUAGAAGAGCUCAACCAGCGUCUCCUGACAAGGGAAAGUGCCACGGACAUCCUCGACAAGAUGGCAAAGGAGCAAGAACAGAAGAUGGAGGAGUUUAGAUCAGAGGUUACCACAACAAUGGCCAGGCAGUUCGCAGACAUCCAGGAGAGCUCGCAGAAGCAGAUCGAAGGCCUGAAAAAUGUCAUUGAGACCAAAGCAAAGGAGGAAGCCACACUCAUGGUGCAGCAGCACCUGGAGAACCGCGAGGCGCGAUGCGGGGUGCUGGAGGCGGAGAUCCACGCGACGGAAUCUGCCAGCCGAGCUGCUCAAGAGGAAGCGGCGGACCUGAAGGUUCGAGUGGCUGCUGCCCAACAACGGGCUGACACGCUCCAGGAGCUCCAGGUGGACAUUGCGAAGCAACGGUCGGACCUGGACGUGGAGCGCAGGGAGCUGAAGCAGCAGGAGCGGAGGAGCAGGGCGCGCGCCUGGCGCAAUUGGAGCGGGAAAUGGACCGCUUCCGUGUGGAGGCAGAGGUGCGGAAUGAGGAGAAGCAACGAUUGCAGGCCGCCCGCACCACAGACCUGGGAUCAGCUGAAGCUGAACGUCAGGAAUGGCGACAGCAAGAGGCCAAUCUUCAGGCAAUGCUGGAACGAUUGA